AUGUUCCAGCGCCGCCAUCACCACCACGACGAUGAUGACGGUGAUCACGGGCACCGCCACGGCCACGGAGGGCCCCAGAAUCGCCGUCGUCACGACCGUCAUGACCACGAGCACAACCACAACCGGCGCGCUGGCAUCCUGAUCAACAACAACAACAACAACAACAACAAUCUCGUCGUCACUCCCGAAAACGACACUCGUCAGCCUCCCUUUCCAAGCGCAGAAAGAAAUCCGAAGAAGAAUAACGACGUCACUCUUUCGAGAGCCCAAGACAAACUCGACCGAGCCAAAGCCUCGCUCGAAGAUUGGCAGACCCGUCUCCGAGACAAGGCGCGCGAGAUUAAAGGUCUGCAGGACAAGGUCGAUGGGGCGCAGGAGGGCGUCGUGAGAGCGAGACGCGAGAGGGAUCACUUCAAGCUGUUGUGCGUCGAGGAGAAGGAGAGGGAGAAGGAGAAGCAACGACGAGAGCGUGAGCGUGAGCGUGAGCUUGAGCGCGAGCGCGAGGAGAGAAAAAAUACAGCAGCAGCAGCAGCAGCAGCAGCAGCAAGACAAGGGCAGGAUGAUCGCGGCAAUGGACAUGCACAUGCAAAGGGGACGAAUAGGGGAAGAGGACUCGGAGUGAGGGUCGAAAGAACGGAACGGGUCGAGAGGAAGCUGUACUGGAGAUUUCGAGAUUGA